AAGAUUAUUUAUUAUUACUAUUAUUUAAUACUAUUUAUUAUUGCAUAAUACUCAAUAACAGUAUUCUUCUGUCGUAAUAGUCGUCGGCCGUCGUUCGAGACCCUGAUGCGACGUUGUAGUCCGUUACGCUGUCAAAUCGCUUCGUAUAAUAAUUUAGUCUAGUCAUACAGCUGCAGUGACAGUGCGCCUUCCAUUCUCGCGAUCUCGUCGAACGGUAUCAAUAACAACAGCGGUUUUGGAUCAGGCUCGCCGAAAACCCUGAACCGACUGGCGCGCGCGCGCUCGACCGCUCUCAGUCGUCUACCUCGCGGGAGUGGCGUACCCCUCCGCGCUCGGCAGUCCGUCCCGUUAUUACUUCCUAGCAAGUCGACGUCCCGUGGUUCCACUGUUCGUCCCGUGUUCUAGCCGACCAGCAUGGCCGCUUUCAGUACCGCAUUCGCGGUAGCCGUCUGCUGUUUCGCGUUGUUCGGUUCGACGUCCGUGUCGUCCGACAGUGGCGCCGGAAAUCCAUCCAAAAGCGUUCACCUCGGCAGUGGCAAAGGACCGAUCGAAGGCCAACAGACGCUCAAGUUCCUGUACUGUUAUUCUUGUGGAUAUCAAAAAGCAUUUGAUCAAUACUCAAGUAUUCUUAGUGAAAAAUACCCUCAUCUACACAUCGAAGGAGCAAAUUAUGACCCUUCCAUGGCACACUUACUAGCAGCCAAAGUAUUGAGCCUAGCAAAAAUGGUGAUUAUAAUUGCCAUUGGAUCUGGAAUCAACUUAUUCGAAUAUAUUGGCAAGCAACAACCAAACUGGUGGAUCUGGUGUACAUCUAAUAAAAUCUAUGCUUGUCUUGUGGUAUUUUUUGGCUCAAAUAUGUUUGAAGGAAUGCUUAUUUCAACCGGUGCAUUUGAGUUGUAUUUUAAUGAUAUUCCCGUUUGGUCGAAAUUGGAAACUGGAAGGAUUCCUCAACCUGCUGAAUUAUUACAAAUUAUUGAUAACUAUUUAUUGUUUGAAAACCCAUAUCCUGCAUAAGUAUUGUCUAACAAUUAAUUACCCAAAAAAUGAUUUCUUUUUUAAUCAAGAUAUAUCCUGUUUUUUUUUUUUAUAUAAAGUCAAUACUUACCAUUGUUUUAUUAAAUGCUUUAGUGAUUAUAUCGUUAGUAAACAUAAAAACAUAAUAAUAAUUUCCUCGCUCCUAGUAUGUCUUGGAUGGCAAACCAAGUCUCAAUAUUUCUGAAUAAACACAAACAAUGUAUUUGAAGUUUUAGGAUUGUGUCUAUAAAAGUUUAAUACAUACAAAUAACUCUUGCGCUCCCGUUUCAAAUAAUUUAUGAUAUAAUCAAAUCACGUUAAUUUACACAAAUGUAUGUAUUGCUUAAGUACAUUUUAAAUUAUACUGAAUAGUAUAUAUGUUAUUUGGAACUAAUCAAUAGUCAAUCUUUCUUUUCAGCCUAGAAAUAAAUGUUUGGUUUUUAUUUGUGAACAUUUUUGAAAAUCAAUUUUGUUGCCAUAUUCAUUGUUCAUCAGAUUUCUGUAAAAUAUAAAUUAUAAUAUAAAUGAUAUUCUUGGGUGAUCAGUUUACCAUGCCUGUAAACCAUUAAUGGCUUUAAAUUAUAAUAUAAAUUUAUACAUUCCAUUCUAUUAUUUAAGUGGGCGGUUUUGUACAUUUUGAACUGAUAAAAUAAAUAUUGACAAAACGUAUCAUAAUAUGUAAAUGUUACAUUUUCUUAAUUUAUUUUAUUAUUAUGAACAAAUAUUAAUUAACAAAUGGUUAUUAUUGUUUUAAAGAUUAGAGGUUUCACAGAACAUGUUUUUAUUGAAUUAUUUGUUUCCAAACUACCAUUUUUUAACAUUAAUGCCUAUGUUAUAAAAACAUGAUUUCAUAGUUGACUUAUGAUGACUUAACUAUUUAAAUCCGAAUUUUAAACUAAAAAUUAUCUUAUUUUUCUUUCAAAUGUUAAAAUUGUGUUUUUAAUAAAUGAGAGCAUAUAAAUUUUAAAUUAAACUCAUUUAUUGUAUUUUAUGGUAUUAAAUCAACAAAUAAUAAAUUGUAUUGAAAUCAGCUUUUAAAAACUACUGGGUUUGAAUUAAAUAAAUUAUGAUAAGCCAGAAUUGAAUUGAAGUUCAAAAUAUUUUACAAGGUUCUAAGUAGUUUGGUUAUUUUAAAACUUGUAUCGAGUAAAAUGUUAAAAGAAAUUUUGCAAACUAUACCAGUCUUUGAUAUAAUCAGGAAAAUUGCUGACAUCAAGCCCAAAAACAGAUUUUGAUUAACUAUUAAAAUAUAUUUACUAUGCCUAAUAGUGUUAAUUAUAAUUGUGUAAGGAAUUGCAUAAUAUGAAACUCAAAAACUACAUUUUCGUAUAUUUGAACAAAUCGUGAGAUGAUUGAUAAAUUAAAACAAUAAUGGUCAACUUUUACUAUUUGUUAAUUUGUUUGCCAUUUUGAACCGAACAAUCUCUGUGUUCGUUACAUGUUGUAAUUUAUUUAUUCUCAAUAUUCUUAUAAAAUAAUUUUUAAAAUUUAUUUUUAGGUUUCAUGUGCAAAUAUUUGAAUAAACAUAAGAAUUUAAACCAAAGAA